CAUAUUUUGAAAUUUAUCAAUGUCAUAAUAAAAUUACUGUACCACAUAAUCAUUAACAAACUCACUUCUGUUAUGAGACAUUAAGAUAUUCUUCCACAUUAAACCAUGGACGAAUUUCCAAUUAUAAUGGAAGAUUUUCCUUUGAAACCAAAAGUAGAACAGAAUAAAAAGGAACAGCGACAAGUUGAUCGUCAAUUAAGAAAAGCUGGAAGAGAUAUUGAAAGGGAUCGUAGGCUUCUUGAAAGAGAAGAAAAAAAAUUGGAACUUGAAAUUAAAAAAAAUGCCAAGGAGGGUAACAAAGAAGCUUGUAAAGUUCUUGCUUUGCAACUUGUCCGUUUACGUAAACAGAAAAAUAAUACCUAUGCAGUUAAUAGCAAAAUUACAGGAAUCGGUGUUCAAAAUAAAAUGAUGGCAGCCAAUGCUAAAUUGGCUGAAUCUAUGGGAGUAGCAGGAAAGUCAAUGGCAGAAAUGAAUAAAAUUUUGAAGCCUGAGCAAGUUGCUGCUAAUAUUAAUGCUUUUAGUAGGGAAUCUAUGAAAAUGAGUAUGACAGAUGAAAUGAUAAACGAUACAUUAGAUGAUAUUUUGACCGAAUCAGGUGAUGAGGAAGAAAGUGACCACAUCAUCACACAAGUAUUAGAUGAAAUCGGUAUUGAAAUAGGAGGGAAGAUGGCUGAAGCCCCUACACCAGAGAGAGGCGCUAUUGGGGGAACUUCAAAGGAUAAAGGUUUAACUGAUGAUGAUAUUGAAGCACAGUUAGCAAAGCUCAAGGCGUUAUAGAAGCAUGAAAAAUAUUAGGCUUGAAAUGAAGUGAUUUUUUUAAUUUGAAUAUAUUAUUGAUAAUUGUGUUAUAAGUGGAGAACUUUUUUCAAAUAUAUUUAUAUAAAUAUUUUA